AGUUGAUCGCUGUUGUUAUUCGAUGUUUAAGGUCAUCGGGGUUAGUGGGUAUCAAAACUUAGAUAACUCCUCUUUCAAAUGGUCGCUGACUCAUUCCGUGACGAUGGUUGAGAACUGAAGCAAUGCGUAAUGAAAUCGGUUCAUUCUUUUUGAAUAACCCUGUAUAUGAACAGUAUAAUUGUAUUUGUUCAAAAGUGCGAAAGACAAAGUUCAAAUGUGCUCCGGAAAUAGUGUAAAGUUUAAUUACCAUUAGCCACUCACACCUGAAAAUAUUAUCGUUACCCAACCGGUCUAUUCUACAGUAUUAAUCCAAACAGUUACAACAACUGAAGCUGCAGGGAACUGUAUUUGGGUUGACCUGGAUGUAAGUGGCAUCACACUUUUAUUCUGAUAAAACAAACAUCCCACCGGAUGGUGUAGCUUUGUUUUUGCUAGCAAAACACAGCUAUUCGCUUUGGAUUAAAAAAGAGCCAAAUGGCUGGCAGCAGACUGGAGAAGUUUGGAACUGUAUUCACCAGGGUUCGAGAUCUGAUGCGCUCUGGAGUCAUAAAGCUGUCAGAGAAACCCAUUUGGUAUGAUGUAUACAAGGCUUUUCCACCAAAGAGGACCCCCCUCUAUGUGAAGCCACAUACCAGACCCAGUACCAAGAAACAAGAGACUGUGCCUGAAAUAUUCUACAGAGAGGAUGAAGUUAGAGUGAAGUUCUAUGAGCAGUACGGGCCGGGUCCAUGGCCUCUUGAUCUCUUCAAAUCCAACUUUGUUUCUACGUGUCAGAGGUUUGUGGAUAAGUACUCAGAGUUGAAGAGCCAGAGAAAGCUGGAUGACUCUGCUUUGUUUGAGGAGACUGGGAAGGCCUUACUCGCAGAGGGCAUCGUGCUGAGAAGGAGAGGAGCACCUACUGUGUCAGGAGAGCCCAAGGAUCCAGUGUUGGGACUGAAGCUAACAGACAUGUUGGCACAGCAGCAGUCCGACAGCGCUGACAGCGACAAGACAGUGGAGCACACUCCACACACACAAACACCAUAGACCUCAGCAGCUCAGGGACCAUCUGAUGAGCUGCAGGCUUCCCACAUAAGAUCUGCUGUGUGACUGACUGUUAUAAUAUUUGGCCCUGUUUUUGGUCAUUUGUAGAAAACUGCUUUAUUUGAAGCACCUAGUCAUGACAUGGCAUGUAAAGGAUCUCAAUCAAACCCAGGAACUGCUGAUUAUGCACCACCAGCAGGGUGCUGUAAAUGCACAGUCUUACAGAGAAGAAUGGGCCCAAAAACAUGUAUGUGGGUGUGGGUGGGUGGAAAUGAAAUGUGAAAUUAAAGUUGCUUUUG